AUGGAGAUGCAAUCUCAUCCACAUCCUCCACUCCUGCCUCCCAGGGCAUUGGAGCUCGAUCGCCACCAAAACCUCAAGGACAGCAAGGAUGGCAUGACGCCUCUCCCCGGUGCCCACAGACGGCUCAAGAGGAGCAGGACAGAGCAAAGAUCCGCAACCAAUUCGCGCACAGAUUAUGGAGAAGCUAACCUGGAGAAGACCAUGGUUGCAGAGCAGUGUGCGAGAAUCAUCCGAGAGCAAGAGGAGCGAGGUACGCUCGCCGAGCUGAGGAGGGCGAGGAGGAUGGGUAGCUGGAGUUCUGCUGCCGUUGUCGCCGCAGCGAAGGCAACAAAGACCCCAAGGGCAAUUCUGCCGCUAGCAGAGGAAAAUUCCACCGCGUCCUCUUCCCUCUCUGACGCUCUGGUGUUGGCUACUAGCCCCCCAGCUUCCUCCCUCUUUCCUUCGAGAACUAGGGCGGCUCUGGUGCGGCGGACGAGACCGCCUCCGCUCAGACUGGAGGGCGGACAAGCCGUACGGGUUGACGACAAUACUCCCCUCGGGCUCGAGUCUGUCCUUCCUCUCGUAAGUGUCAUAUCAACAUACAACGCCGACUUCUCGAAACUCCGAGACUUACAAAUCUUCUUCAAUCAGCCUCAGGGAAACGCCUUUGGUCCCUUUGGCUUCUGGGCCCAGCAAGGAGUCCUAGCCUCCACUCCAAAACCGGAACAUUUCGCUCAAGCGGAGGGAGGACCGAGCAGUCAAGGGCUUGCCACAGAGUCGAAAGAUCUCACAAUUCUCCCUCCCCACCUGCGCGGCCACCCUGCACUCCGCCGAGAAGAAGAUGUCGCCUCGAGAAGUGACCCUCCUGUCCUCGUCGGUCACGCUCAACCUCCUCCCGAGUCUCCACGCUGGCCAUUGCGUUCGACUCCUUCUCGCCGACCGAGACAUCUCCCUCGCUCCACCACCGCUCCCGCUGCCGUGGAUACGGAAUCCCUCACUCUCCACCGCGUCACGUCCGACCUCUCUAUUCCGCCUCUGCCCACGCCAACGUCGGCGGCAAAGUCCUCGUUCUCUCUGCAAAGGUACUCGGUUUCCGAGGUCCUGGAAAGCAUUGGGGUAGAACGCCUACCCAUUCCGGCUGGAGAACUGAGCACAAGCGGAGUCGAGCAUCCCUUUGCCGACCUCGAAAAUGUGCCUAGGGAGCCCCUCCUUAGGGAGGCAUAUAUACAGGUGCAGGACACCUUGGUGGCGCUUUGGGGGGCCUGGAGUGAAGGGCGGCUGAGGAUCAGGCUUGGAUUGACUUCCCUUCCAGGCCUUGCCACGGUGCAAGAGCCUAUGGAUGAUCCAUCGAAGCCUCCGUCCUUCACUCUGGGUUCCUCCACCCAGGAUCUUGCGCCUGGAUCCCUCCUCCCAAGCCGCCCUCCUCCAGGGAGCAGAUCGGCAUCCGCAUCGACGUCCGAGUCCAAGGCACGUCCAGGACUCAAGAAGAAGCUGUCCAAAUUCCAGCUCUUCAAGAAAGAGCACUCUGCUCCUCCCCUUCUCCCUUCCCUACCCUCCCACUCUCCCUCCGAACCCUCCACCCCCAUCCACUCCUCCCUCCCACCCCUCACCCCAAACAGGGGAAAGAUAUCCUCUUACGCCUCCGACACCCUAUCCUCCCUCCAACAAUCCCUCGUCGCCCUCUCCAAUUCCCCGCACACGGCACCACAUCUCGCCGCCGUCCACAUCGCACGCAUCGUCCUCCAAAAGCUCACGCUCGACCUGGGAACGCAAUCUACGACAGACCUGGAGCACCACGUACGAUUCAAACCAGCCAUGCACGCCGCCAUCAAAGACGAGCUCGUGAAGGACGAAGAGGCGGUGAUGCGGCAAAACCGGGUUUCGCGGUUGGCGAUGCAUUUACGGGAGCAGCGGCUCGCGCAAGAGAGACUGGCUAGGUUGAAGCAGAGGCAGUAUUUCGAUGUCAGCAAGGGGGCUUGGGUGCCUGUUGCGGUUCCGGCUUUGCAGCCGUUGCCGACGAAGAAGAAGGGGAGGAAGCAGGGGGUUGGGAACGAGGAGGAUGAGGGUGAUGAUGAUGAUGAGAAGGAGCUUUCUGCGCAUGGACAGAUUAUGUUGGCGAGACAGCGGCAGGGGCUCAAUGGAUUGAAGAGGAGGGCGCGGAGGGCCGAGUUUAAAGUGCCGGUGGAGGCGGUAAGGAUUGUUUGGGCGACGAGAUUUUACGAGCAGGCUUUGGAAAGGUAUCAAGAAGUUGAGGCUGCGAGGGAGGAGCAGGACGAUGCGCAGUCGGUGGAGAAAGAAGAAGGCGGAAGGCAGAAUGUGAGCGAGUCGAUUGCGCUGCUGGGACAGAUGUGGGAUAUGAUGACGCCGGUUCCGCCACCGGCUUUGUCGAUUCACAGCGCGGAUUCUGGAGAGGGAGACGAGAAAGGAAAGAGGAGGAGUGUGGCGAGCGAUGAUACGGAUUUGCGGUAUGCGAGGCUGCUUAUGGAUAUUGAGAGGGGAGAUGAGGACGAAGAGGAAGACGAGGGGGAUGUCGUGCCUUCGUCUGGUGCUGUGACACCGACCAUGAAGGCAGCGGUUCUGGGCCCCGGAGCGGAAUGGUAUACGGGUGAGGAGGAGAGAGAGCCGGAUAUCGAGGCACCCGCAGGCUGGCCAUUGCCUCUAACGCUGUUCCCGUCGCCGCCGACAAGAUUGCCACCCUCGCCUCCGGUUCCUACUGAGACGUUACCUAUCUCGACCGCAUCAUCCCAACAGAAAGAGGAAGAUGAACACGAUGCCAAAUCCUCGGGAAGUAUCACACCCACACGAGACCUACCUUUCCCCGGACCUUCAAGGCUGCGUCUACGCGAACAACGACACCGAGAGCUACAGCGCGAAUAUGUAGAUGUCGACGAUUGGCCGCUUCCCUCGCCCGACCUGCCGUUGGAGACCUCAAUCCCGGCGCUACUGACUCGUCCUACCCUUCCUACACGUUCGACCGUGCAAGAACAUCCUCCGCGUCCCUCGCGCCCCACACUUCCCUCAUUUCCUUCGCUCCCGCCGCGCAGAGACUGCCCUAUAGGCCGCACCCAUCUCACGCGUCCCACGCGCCCCUUACCCAUCUCGACAAGAUCGGCGCCUAUAUCAUCAGCCCUCGAACAACAGGCUGAUGCGCUUCCGCAGCCGCCAUUGCAAGACGAGACUCCAGCUGUCGAUGCUAGACUAGCGGCGAAGCGGCGCCACAGACAGACUACGUGGAACAUGGGUAUACGGUCGCCUGUUGAGGAGGAGUUUGGAGAGUCUUCUUCUGCUGCGGGUGCUGCUGCUGCGGGUGCUGGUGCUGGGGGGUUGCGGAGGACGGAGUCGAGGGUUGAGAGGGAGAGGGUGGAGUGGGAGGGGAGGUUGAGGGCGUUGGAGGAAGAGGGGGAGGUGGAGGUGGAGGCUGAAUAUGGAGGGAAAGGGAAGGGGAAGAAGGGGUUUGAGUUUGGUUGA